AUGGAUACCGGCUAUUUCCUGGCGGGGACCUGCUUUUUCCUGCUGUCGCUCAACGGGCUCAUCUUUUCCUCCCAGGCGACGAGCUUUUGUCCGGACCGCUGUGACUGUCAGCACGCGCAGCACCUCAUGUGCACCAAUCGAGGGUUGCGCAAUGUGCCUAAACCCGCCGCGCGUGUGCCCGAGGAGGUGCUGAUCUUCAGCCUUGGGGGUAACUUCAUUGGUAACAUCUCUGCCUUCGACUUCACACGGUACAGUAACCUCAUACGGUUGAAUUUGCAGUACAAUCAGAUACAAACUAUUCACCCAAAAGCAUUUGAGAAACUCUCCAAGUUGGAGGAGCUGUACUUGGGACAUAAUCGUUUAUCAAAUAUACCAACUGGGACUCUACAAUCCCUGAAGAAAUUAACUAUUCUUUGUGGAAAUAAUAAUGACAUUAAGAAAAUCACCCCGGAGCUCUUUACCGAUUUGGAUAAUCUUGUUAAAUUGCGUCUGGAUGGCAACUCAAUAGCCGUUCUGCAGGACUCUGUUUUUAGAAGUUUGGCCAGCCUACAUUAUCUCCAUCUGGAAUCCAACAAACUGCAGCAUAUCCACAGAAAUGCUUUCUCUAAACUCACCAAUCUGCGCUUUCUCAACCUGGCUCACAACAAGCAGUCAGCUGUGCGCAAUGCACUCACUUUCUCCCAACUCACAGCUCUGACCACUUUGCUGCUGUCUGAAAAUGAAAUCCAGUACAUCGGAGACCACGUCUUCCAGAACCUAAGAAAGCUGUCCAAACUUUCCCUCAGCAACAACAGAAUCUCUCGCCUGGACAGUGGGGCGCUGAAGGGGCUGUCGAGCCUCAGAGAGCUUCUGAUUGAUGGCAAUGAGCUGGAGGAAAUCCCCGCUGGUCUCCUGGACUCUCUAGAGCACAUCGAGGAGCUGGACUUUAGUCGCAACCGAAUUUCCAGCGUGGACUCUUUGGCUUUCUCACAACUUAAACACCUGAGAGUGCUAAGGCUGAAGAACAACGUGCUCACCAGCCUGUCCGGGGACAUUUUUGCCCUCAACAACGUGCUUUACAACCUGGAUCUCCAUGGCAACAACUGGACGUGCGACUGUCGGCUGGAGGAGCUGAAAAGAUGGAUGACUGCUGCACAUUCUCAAGGCAAAUUAUUGACUGUUUUUGUGCAAUGUCAUCACCCUGCAACUCUGAGAGGGAAAUAUCUUGACUACGUGAACAGCUCCCAGCUGCAGCCACUCGGGAACUGGACCCACUUGUGCAGGAGCCAAGUUGAACCCGAGGAGAGCCGGGGUGGGGGUGUGUUGGAAAAGGUGGAGGAAAAACAGGUAGGGGCGGUGGAUACAAUAAAUCAGGAGGAGAGAGGUGAAGAAGUCCAGGCUGAGGAGACAGAAGGUGUAGAUUUGAGACAGGGUUAUAGGGAUGGAGUCAUAAUCAGCAAAGAGCGAGAGAAAAGGAAGAGAGAAGGACAGGAGGAGGUAGGAAUCCAGGGAGACCAAGGGGGUCAAGCAGUGGCAGAACCCUCUUCUUCAUUGGAAAGAAAGAAAUCAAAGAAAGAGCCACUCAGCCCAAGGUCACGACCUGCUACAGAGGCUGGUGGGAAGCGUGCCAAAGGCCGGCGAAGGUCAAAUACCAUUUCCAGAACCGAUCCACCAGCUAUUUCUACACCAAGUCAUGCUGGAAACCAAGAUGGAGACUCCACUGAUCCAAACACAGGGAUCACCACCACUUCUCCGGUCCAGUCAGGAGAAAAGUUUGAUCUUCUGAGGUCAGAUCAGGAGGAGGCUCAGCCUGUAAUCGCAGAUCCUUGUAUGUUCAACCGCCAUUUCAUCACUAAUGUUUCAGUGGAUCAAGUGACAUCUAGUACUGUCACCAUCUACUGGACCACCAGGGAGUAUCACCGCUAUGCACCAGCACGUGGGCCAGGCCUAGAUGAAGUCCAAUACCGGAUUCUGUUUGACCGCUUUGGCACUCUGGAUCGUUUCCCCCGCUACGUCUACGCCCGCGGCACGGCUCGCUCCGUAACCCUUCGAGAACUCAGCUCCGAUGUGACCUACAUGGUCUGUGUGGAAGGAGUAAUCGGAGGAUCUGUGUGUCAGGUGGCACCCCGUGACCACUGUGCAGGGCUGGUCACUCUCACUGAAGGGUUCAGCCAUGGCGGCAUGCUGACCUCUGACCUCCAGCUGGUGACGGUGGCCACUCUGGCCGGGAACGCCGUGCUGCUGCUCGUUAUUGGCGGGGUCUGGCUGGGUCGGAGCCUGAAGAGGAGGCUGCAGAGGAGGAAGACGGCCGUGCACGUGCGGCACAUGUACUCCACCCGGCGAACGUUUCGUCCCGCCGUGGCGAGCGCCUCUGUGUCCGCUGACUUCACCAGCUACCAAAGCAGCCGCCCAGCACGUCUUGCACCACUAGAGGAAGGGGACCUCAUCGAGUUCCCUUGUGACCGCUUUCUGGACAGCAACAGUGUUCGCAGAGACGGCGACAUGCAGAGAUUCUCUGACUAG